AUGAAUAAUGCCGCAGAAAAAUUAUGUGAUAUACUAAAUGCAUCACUUACUGAACUUGAAUCAAAUAUUAAUUCAAGUGCCAUAAAAUAUAUUUCUCAGCCUUAAAACUUGCUUGAAGUAAAUCAUUAUUCUACAGCAUAAAUAGGAUUUAGAAUAAACAAUCAUUGAUUUCAAAACAAAAUUUUAUGAAUUUAUACAUAACCUAUUAAAAUUUUUUGGAUAGCUUAAUAAUGAUUAAGAUAUAUUGAAAAUUGCUGAAUAAUUAGAAAAUUAUUUUAUGAAAUAUAAAUAAUAAUAACUUUUUAUCCAAAUGAAAGCUACAUUAACAAUUAAAUUAAAGGCACUUAUGGAUACAUUUUGUGGAGAAAAUAAAUAAAAAUUAGAAGUAUUUUAUAUAAAUAUAUAUUUUCAGGUAUAAAAUUAAAUCAAAUAAUUACAAGAAUGUUUAAUGAAAAUUGAAUUAACUUUAUUUGAAUAAUAAUAAAUAUUAUCUCCUUAGCAAUAUUAUUAUAUUACACCUCAUCCUAAAAAGAAUUUUAUACAAUAAUCUUCAAAAAAUAAUAUAACACCAAAUUUAAGUUAAGACGCUGAAUUGAGAGCAAAAGGUGUUUUUAUCACACCAGAGAAUAGAUAAUAAUAACCAAGGCAAUUUGAAAAUUCUCAUUAGUAAUAUUCUUCAAAUGAAAGGUACACUUUAGUCUAGAAUAAAACUUUAAAUUCAUUUGACAAAGAAAAUAAAACAGAUCUACUAAGUCCAAUGUUUGGAUUCUAAGAAUAAACAAUUUAAUAAACUUAAUCACUUGAAAAUGAUAUGUUAAAUUAAUUAGAAUAAAAUUUUUUUAAAGCUUAAAUAGGAAAUAAAUCAUUUGAUUUAUCUAAUAAACUUAUUUAAUAAACAUUUUAAAAUCCAGAAUAAUUAUAAAUUAUUAAAACAGAACAAUUAGGCAAUCUUUUAGAAAGUGAUGAUCAACCUAAAACAAGAAAUUAAUCAGUUGAUCUAAAUAAAGAAAAUUAAUUAUCCCCAAAGGGAAAGAGAUUAAUCUAAACUUCAAAAUCUAAAAAAUCUUUUUCAAGAUGUACAAUAUAUUUAGAUACAACAAAUCUUCUUUAGAAAUUAAAUUUAGUUGAAGCUUCUAAACAUAUUAAUAUAUAGAAUAAAUCAGAUAAAGAAAAUUAACCAAAUUAUAACAUAAAACAAUUAAAAUCUAAUAAACCUGUAAGUUUGUAAAAAUAAAAAGGGCAACCCAUUAAAAAAGUUUAAUCAUAAGAAAACUUAUUAAAAAAACAAAAGUCAAACUGA